GCUUGUCACGUGACCCCACGGUUGUUGUCCGCUCCGCUGCUGCUGGCUGGCUGGCCGUCGAAAUCAAGAGGGCCACUGCUGUCGUUCGUCGUGAUUCGAGUCUGCAGAUCAGGGUAGAGAAGCCGCCGAGAAAAGCAGAAAAUGAGUGUUGCGUCCCAAGGUGAUGUUGCUGGCGCAGAUGACCUGAGCCCCGAUUCUGGGGUGUCGGCCGAGUUCCACGCCCUGAGCCCUGAGGAGCAGGAGGAGCAGCGGCGCCAGUGGCAGGCGGAGCUGGCCAAGGUGGAGGACGAGAUCGCCACGUUCCGGCAUGUGCUCGCCUCCAAGGUGAAACACUCCAAUGAACUCAAACGCAAGCUCGGCAUCACUGUGUGGAAAGAACUGCAGGACGACAUGUCGCAAGGACUGAAAAAUGUCAAGGAAACAGUUGUCCUCAGUUUCCAGAAAACAGAAUCUGUUGUUAAGACUGCAGCUGAAAAGACGACAUCAAUUCUCGGAGGCUUCGGAGUAGGACUCACCAGCAAAAUCGGAGCCCUGAAAAAUUCUGAAUCUUUCCGUUCUUUUGAGGAGAAAAUGGGAUCUGCUUAUGAGAAUGUUAAGACUCGAGUCUCGUCGCGGUCCAAUUCAGUGCAGAGUUUUGACGACGCCAUUCGCGAGGCUGACUCAAAGCGGGUGACCCCUCUCGCCUCACCGACAAUACCUGAGGAUCGCCCUCUGGAAUAAACUCCUACUCGCCUAAUUCACUUUUCCAGGAGUCAAUCAUGUGCAAAACUCGCGUCCACUUUUUUCAACUGCUGCUGGUGUCCGCCUCUGUUGAUUUCGUCUUAAGUGCUAAUUUCUUCUGAAGAUUUAUCUUUUCAAAGGGGGCGGCGCCGCUUCAAUGUCGAUCAUGUCACCUGUUGCAAAACUAUUUUUCUCUUGUCAAGUCAUACGCCCUUUUCAUUAGUUGAUUGAACACAGUUCACUGAUUUACGCUGCUCGUGAAGGGAGGUAAUGGUUAACCGGAAGGCUAGCUUCCAUCGAUUGUUGAAUUAACAAUCUCUCACUGAAAAUUAUUUGAAGAAAGAUAAUAUAUAUAUUAUGACUAUAUUUAUCACUUUGCGAUCAUUGUGUACUCCACGUGCUUUAAUUAAGAUGUAAUGGUUUAAUAAAAUUGGAGGUACAUAAUAAUGAAAAGUAUUUUUUUUAUGUUAAGUCCGUGGGGAUGAGAAACUUUUUAUUAUGUUCAUCUGGUCUAAAAAUAAUUUGAUUGUAUCUGUGAAUUCAGUAACAUGGGUGUUUUUUAUGAGCUAUGGUGAAUGCAAUAAUAAUUUUCAAAUUGUUCGAACACGCGUUAACUUUUCAAAAACAUUUGCUCAGACUGAGAUUAUUAUUUAAGCCAUUCAUUGCUUUGUUUGUUCUAUUAAAAAUUACUUAAUCAAAUAUUUAUUAACACGUAAAAUGUCUGGAAUGUUCAUAUUUAGUAAUAAAUAAUGGUGAAAUUAAGA